UCCACAAAAAUGUAGGUCGAAUAAGAGUAAUUUUUUUUUCUUCACUGGAUUUUUUGAAUAUAACUGUUGUAGGCUAUUUUAAACGAGUGUUGGAGAUGAAGUAGCUGAAGUCUUUUAUUUUAGUGAUGUCUUCUCUCAAAUACACAGUAGACAUUUGAUUUGGCUGCUUUUAAAUGUACCUGUUAUCAACCGAAGAAAAAAUUAAUCAGAUCAUGUUAUUUGGAAGGGAAGUUAAGACUUUGAAAGUUGUAUAAACCUUGAAGGUGUAGUUUAUAAAAAUGUUGGUAUACGUAGGUACCGAAAUUAAAAAAACUCUAACUACUGUCUACGCGAACCACAAUAUGGGUGUUGCCAACAGAGCUCUACAAAUAAAUAAACUCCUCGAAUCAGAACAAAAAACUAAACUAACAUCUUGUCUUAAUAAAUUUGAAGAAUCGGUUAAAACGAUACAUUUUGACGAACUUAAAGAAAGUGACUUUGUAAUCAGUAAUUCAAACAUUGGAAAUCGUGCUGACGAUUUAAUGAAGUUAAUUACUAACAUUCAGUCUUUGGGAACCUAUUAUGAGGACGAAUUUUCAUUAAACCAAUAUUUUUAUAGAGAAAUUAUACGUGAUGCUGAUUCAAUAGGAAAUAAUCUUAUUACUUACACUGACGACGAAAAAAAUGAUUGCAAAAAUAACUUCCUAUUUGAUACAAUGGAAUAUUACACACCUAUGCUUGAGAUUUUUGCAGGAUUCGAUAACUACGAUGAUUUUGUUAAACAAUCAGAAAUAAGAAUGAAAUAUCUACGUAAGUAAAUUUAAACUUAGUCAUGUCAAAAAUAAAAACAUUUUGAAUAGAUUUUUAAAUAAAAUAGUCAAAUUUUGGGA